AUGGCCGGCCAAUCUGUCGUCGAGCUUCGCUGCAAAUGCAAAACCGAUCCCUGGGGCAAGAAAGGCGAGGAUUCGCUUGCCGCCAUACUAGCCUCUCAGCAACCGGGUACCGACUUCAAGAUCGAUCCUAACAAAACAUAUUCGGAGAUGUGGAUGGGCACUUAUCCCUCUGUCCCGUCAUUUGUCAUAGCAACCGGCGAGACACUCGAAGACUACUUAAAUAAGAACCCGAAUCUGGUCGGAAAAAAGAUCGUUGACAAAUUCGGUGGCGGUCUGCCAUUUCUGCCCAAGAUAUUGUCGAUAGACAAGGCUCUUCCUCUUCAAAUCCAUCCGGAUCGCAAACUCGCCGAACAACUUCAUAAGCAACUCCCACAAAAGUUCACUGAUACAAACCAUAAACCUGAGAUUGCCAUUGCGCUCUCACAAUUCGAACUCUUUGCCGGUUGGAAACCACUCAACGAUUUGACGCAACUGUUCCGAAAUGAGACCUUGAAAAAGUUUCUGCCAUCACCUGAAUCUCACUUCAAUGACGAAACCCUCAAACGGAUAGGACAGAAUAUGCUCGAAGCCGACGAAAGGACCGUUGCCGCCACGAUCAAGGAGCUUACCAAGACGCCGGAAAGUACAUUCGGAAAGUAUUCAUAUAUUCCUAAGAUGUUGGAAAGAGUUUCUGCCCAGUACUCCGAGUUCGACAACGGUACCCUCUUUGCCGUUGUGUGCAUGAAUUAUCUAAUUUUGCAGCACGGUGAAGCAGUUUAUGUCCCUGCGGAUGGUAUGCAUGCAUACCUAUCUGGUAAUAUCAUGGAAUGUAUGGCCCGAUCCGACAACGUUCUCAAUACCGGAUUCUGUCCUCGCCCAGACCGCGAUAGUGUUGCUCUAUUCUGUGAAGCCUUUACCGGCUGGCCUCAUGAUCCCGACGAGGCACGAUUGGGCAAGCAUGUCUCAAACAGAGGUCUUAAUGGCAAGACCGUGGAAUAUGCGCCCCCUAUUAGCGAAUUUAAUGUCCUUGCAACUCUUCUCAAAGCUGGCGAGAAGGAGAAAAUGAACUCCAUUGACGGCCCAAGUAUUAUUUGUGUUACCGGCGGGGAGGGUAAAAUGACGGCUAAGGCUAGUGAGGGCAAGACAUAUAAUCUGAAGCAAGGAUCGGUGUUCUUCGUGGCGUGUGAUGUUGAGCUAGAAUUCGAGGCAACUAGUGAAAAGUUGGACAUCUAUAGACCUUACGCGGAUUAG